AUGCGUCAAAAGCCCUUUCAAAUCACAACAACCCCAAAAAGAUGUUCUGUAUCUCACUGUAGUGAUAAAGGAAGUUUGAAACACCGCGGUAGAAGUUCUGGUAGAAGUUCUGGUAAAAGUUUAGAACAAAAUGAACUCGCAUCAAUUCGAAAUACCCUCGACUAUCUAGUCAAGGAAGUUAAAAAUUUAAAAGCCAAUUCGCAGUUCUCUAGAUCCUCGCUAAGAGCUGCUUCAGUAACACCAGUACCACCUGGUGGUUAUGAUUCAAGACGUAUUCUACUCGAGAAAAUGAAUAAUGAACAAUUCAAGAAUUUUAGAGAUGAAGUCAUACAAAUUCUCAGAGGGUUUGAUAAUUUUCUGUCGAUUGACCAUACGCAAAAAUGGAAUGAUAUUUGUGAUCAUGUUUUUAAAGACAUUAUGCCAGCGGUCAAUCAAGCCCUAACCGGUCUUAACUUAUUUAUUAUUCAGAAAAAAGAAAGAAGAAAACGAGGUAUCUCAUACAUGUACAAUAUGAAUGAUGAAAACUUAGUCUCUUUGCGACCCCAAAGUUUACCGGAGGAGACCUUCAAAGAAGAUAUUGCAGAAAUUAUUGAUAACUCUCACUAUCAUUCUGAUGAAAUGGAGAAAGAAGAAAUAUUUCAAGAUCCAGAUCCGGGGCCAGAGGGAGAUGAAGAUGAAGAAGACGAAGAAUAA